AACCACUUUGGUUCCACUGGGCUGCAAGCAGCACCUGCAGAGUCUACAGGAAGCAGCAUGUCCCCUUUGCUCUUUGGGGCUGGGUUGGUGAUUCUGCAUCUAGUGAUUCCUAUUAGGAACCAGAAGACACAACUCCUACCUGGCCAGCCGCUCUUGCGUGCAGCUGAUCGACAUGACUUUGCCAUCAUGAUCCCUCCGGGAGGCACAGAAUGCUUUUGGCAAUUUGCCCAACAGGCUGGAUACUUCUAUUUCAGUUAUGAGGUUCAGCGGACACUGGGGAUGUCACAUGACCGGCACGUUGCUGCCACGGCACACACCCCGCAGGGUGUCCUCUUAGACACUUCCCAGGAUGUUCGGGGACAGAUUAACUUCCCUACCAAAGAGACAGGUUUUUACCAGCUUUGUCUAAGUAAUCAGCAAAAUCACUUUGGUUCUGUGCAAGUGUACCUCAAUUUUGGAAUUUUCUAUGAGGGGCCUGAGACGGACCAUAAACAGCAGGACAGGAAGCAACUGAACGACACUCUGGAUGCAAUUGAGGAGAGCACACAAAGGGUGCAGAACAACAUCUUCCACAUGUGGCGAUUCUACAACUUCGCCCGGAUGAGGAAAAUGGGUGACUUCUUCCUUCUCCAAUCAAAUUACAACUAUGUGAAUUGGUGGUCGGCAGCACAGAGCCUUGUCAUUGUUCUUUCCGGGGUAUUGCAGCUUCAUUUCUUGAAGCGGCUCUUCGAUGUCCCCACCAUCAGAGACACGAAGAAGCCAAGAUGCUGAGCCAGGCUGAGGACAGCACCCUGACCCUUUUCUUCUGGGGCAGGACCUCUGUCCACGCUCUGGUCCAGUCAGCUCUGUAAAGCUACUGGAGGGAAAAGAUCAAACUGUCCUAGUAUACUGUGCUCACUUACAAAGGCAGAAUGGCAAUAAAACAGUGGCAAGGAAAACA